GUAAAUAAAAAUAGCAGUUUUAUGAGCUUACGCUACUAAACAUGUAGCCUCGAUUAUUUAAUUUUAUUCAGGCCGAAGCAGUUGUGAUUGUGAUUUGCGAAUAUGUGUGCUGUCGGUCAAUGAACUUCGAGUCCGUGAUAGUAGUCUGUAAUAAUUGUUUUUAGGUACCUAUAAAUUUAAUAUUGCAGCAAAAUGAAGUUCAAAAUAAACAGAGGUUUAAUACCCAUUAAGGUCCACUUCUUUUUCUUCUUCGCUGCGCUCGGCCCCCUUCUGCCUCAAAUGAACGUGUUCGGCAAACAAUUGGGCAUUUCUCCAGCCGUCAUGGGGCUGGUGACAGCGGUGCUGCCCCUGCUGUGGGCGGCGGCGAAGCCCCUCUUCGGAUACGUUGUGGACUUCUGGCCGACCCACAGAAAACUAGUAUUCAUGCUACUGAUCACGAUCAUGACUGGAUCCUAUUGCUGCCUCUGGUUCCUGCCGAGCUCCGAGCCACCAGAACAACCCCUAUUGCAAUACAUAUACAACCUCAAUGACACCAUAUACGUAAAGAAAUACGACAACAAUACUCUUUUAGAAAAAUAUUCCUGCCAAUGGAAUUGCUCCAAAGAUGACGAUGAAAAAUUCGAAUUUUAUCUUUCGAAUACCACAUUCGUCAACACAGUUUAUAUUGGCGAGGCUGUGAGCAAUAACUCGUGCUCCCUCCUACACAUGAAUUUCGAUGACGUAAGAGAGGGACAGAUAACGUGUGUUCCGAUAAAAGACUGCAAUUUGUUAUGUUUCGAUGAAUCGACUGAGAUUAGGCAUAAGAGAGAAGUUAAGAGUAGUUCGAAUAACGUUUUGAAAGAUGAUCUGAAGAAUUCGACGUAUUGGAAACAGAAUGUUUCAAUGAUCGAUAGUUUAUCAAGUGUGAGUGAGGUUGAGACGGUAGAAAGUAGCAAUUUCUAUAUGACUGCAACUUUCUGGGCGUUUGUCGUACUUAUGUGUGUGGGUACCGUCGCGUUCAAUGUUGCCAACUGCAUUGGAGAUGCGGUCUGCUUUGAUGUUUUGGGCCCAGAACGCGGUUCAAAAUACGGGGCUCAAAGGGCUUGGGGCACCGCGGGAUACGGGGUUACUGCAUUACUAGGAGGCUGGUUGGUCGACGCUUGGUCACGUGGAGAUGUGAAGGAUUUCACACCGGCAUUCAUCGUGGCUAUAGUGGCUACAAUCGUAGAUUUGUUCAGCUGUCGAGCACUUACUUUACCAUCGCUAACAAGUCCAGAAGAUUCUGGCAAGGCUCUAUUGGACGUCCUCAAGAUACCGAGGGUACUAUUGUUUAUAACAUUCGCUGUGGUCGCUGGAACCUUCGACAGUUUCAUCAUUUAUUAUAUGUUUUGGUUUCUAGAAGAUCUAGCAGAUGAAACAGGCCACACGGCUAAAAUCAAGCUUAUAGAGGGCGUUGUGGUCGCUGGCCAGAGUUUCAUCGGGGAACUGCUGUUUUUCUAUUACUCGGGUAAAAUUAUCAAACGAUGGGGGUACGGAACCACGCUAACGUUUUCACUGUUCUGUUACGGAGUCCGCAUGGCACUUAUAUCGAUCAUACAGAACCCUUGGCAUUUGGUGUUCAUCGAGUCAAUAAUGCAAGGGCCGACGUACGCGCUGUGCUACUCCACGAUAGUGGGGUACGCGGCGCACGUGGCGCCCGACGGGUACUCCGCCACCGUGCAGGGCAUCGUCGCCGGCAUGGACGACGGCGUCGGAUUCGCCCUAGGAUCCCUGGUGGGCGGUCAGCUGUACUCGCGCGCAGGGGGCCGCGGCUCGUUCCGCGCGCUGGCGGGCGCGGCGGCGGCCGGCGCGCUGCUGCACGCCGGGCUGUUCGCGUGGCUGGACGGGCGGGAACGCGGUCAGUUGAUAGAAUCAAAACAACUACCGCCAACGCCAGAGGAAGGCGAGAAAAUGCUCCAAGAGAGCCCUAACGCCAUCUAUAAUGACACUGUGGUACCACUGAAAACGGAAAGCAGAUAACACACAAAUUUACCCGACUGUGGAAAAGAGAGUUCUCAUGUCCACUUUGUCAUGUAUGGUUUACGUCGAUGACGUAAGUUUUUUAGUUUACAAAUUCAUACGAACAUAUCUUUAGGAAGUAUAGCUAUAUUGUUAAUGAAAAGAAAACAUAGUAUUCUCGAGCGAUAUAAAAUAAUUAUGUGGGUGGAUUGACGGAUGGUCUGUAUCUGAGACACAAAUUUAUGAGUAAUCUAUAGACUUCAGUAAAAUAUAGUAAAAUCUACAAUUUUUUGAAUUCAUGGUCAGAUUUAUGAAUAAUUUGCCAUUGUAUUAAUAUACGACCACAGAGCAUAGAACGAAGGCGUGGCUCUUCGUCUGUGUAAAAAAAAACAAAUAUAAGACUGUUUUACAAAGAUUUUUGAUGUUAUUGAUUUUUGUAUUCUUUAUUAAUGACGUAAUUUUGUAUUGAGUUUAUAUUUAAAUGUUGUAGAUUUUUAUGUGCCAUUUGAGUCUUGUCAAUGCGUUAAAUAAUUACAGGGAAUUUUAUACAUAAAUGACUGAAAGAAAAGAGGGGAGUAAAGAGGUUUUUGCUAAGUAGUAGGAGAUAGAGGAUUUAAAAAAAAGUUACCGAAAAAUCUAUGCCGUAGGUAUGGCUUUACCACACUUUGACGAGGGAAAAAUCAAAAUAAAACCUUUAGCAUAAUUUGUCUAUGGCAAAUGUAUUGGUAGAGAGAUUGUUUACUAAUUACUUGGUUGCAUGGGCUUGUACCCUUUGCCUUCUGAUUAAAACGAGUGAAUCAACAAAAAAAUCUAUUGAUUAUGUUGAAUUUAUUCUCUGCCUUUAUUUUAUGCACAUGAUUCUUAACUUUUAAUAGACGUAUGUUUUUAUCAGCUUGAUGAUGUAAAAUAAUCUUUAUUGCAACAGUAUAAAGUUUAAGUGGCAAUAAAAAAAUAUAUUUAACUUUUUUUUCCAAAUGCAGAGUUCUGUAAGUGUCGUAUGUUUAAACAUAAUUUGUUGAAUUUUUCGCUAUGUUAAUUGAAUUUCAAUAUUGUACUAAACUUUUAGUUGAUUUUAUAUUUAGAUUUUAAUAUUUUUAAGUGUUAUGAGAGAUCACUUACGAUGUAUGUGUAAUAUAGAAAGACUUUAAAAAUAAUUGUAAAUAAAAUCGUAUAUCUAAUUAUUAGCGAUUGUAAUUAGUUAACGAAAUGUAUUAAUUCAGGUAUUUGUAAAAUAGGUACCUCAGAUCAGUUUAUUUAAAAUGAAUAUUUGUUAUCUCUUUUGUUUGACGAAAAGUCUGAAAAGAUAUAAAAAAAUAAUCAUUGCUGCUAUUUCAUCAUUAAUUGGAUUGGUUGUCAGUAAUUUGUAACUGAGACACAUAUAUUAUUGUAAUAUUUUAUAAUUUAAAUAAAAAUAUUUUCAACUA